AUGACAAACACUGAGUUUGAAACAGUUAAAAAGAUAGACAAUGAGACCAAAGUGGUUAGAAUUGGUGAUUUAAACGUAAGAUACUCAAAGAAAUACAACAAAUAUUCUUUGUCAGACAUUUUAACACUAUCUGAAAAGAAAACAUCCCACGACUGGGUUAGAAAUGCUUCUACUCAGAAAAUUUUGACAAAAAAUCCUGAGCUUAUGAUAUCGGUAAGAUUCUAUGGAACAAGAACAUAUCUUAUAGACAAAAGUCUUAUACCACUAGUUUUGUUCUGGAUUGACCCAGUUGUUGGAUAUAAUUUCAUAACAUAUGGUUCAUUCGAUACGGAACGUUGCAGUGAAGGCUUACUUUACAUCGUUCAGAAACCGAAGGACUUCAAUACAAAGAGAUAUAAGAUAGGAAGAACAUAUAAUAUAACUCAAAGAUAUGA